AGCGACCAAUAUUCCAGCCUCAUUGGCUAAAAUAAAGUCCUUUCACAAAGUGAACCAUAGUUCUUCGAACAAGGCGACGAUGGGAGGGUGUCCGACCAUGGUCCAGCGCCGCAACAAGGUGGCGCUGCCUCCAGGCUACAGUCAAUUGCACUGGAUGCGACUGUGUCAAUCGGGUCAAGACUUAUCCGGUCUUCGUGGUGGUCCCCCUCGUCGUGCCAUCUCGAUGGAAGAAGUGAGUCGCCACUGUACCGAAGAAGACUGCUGGAGUGUGUUAGACGGCAAGGUGUACAACAUGACGCCGUACCUUAAAUUCCACCCAGGAGGCAUUGCAGACCUGAUGCUAUCGGCGGGUGGAGACUGCACGGACCUGUUUAACGAAAAACACCCGUGGGUUAAUGGCCACAGUAUGCUGGAAAAGUGCUACAUCGGUCAAUUAGAUCCAGAUUCUGUAGCGACCGAUUCAAACUCUGAAGCAUCCAGAUUCGCUCUCGAUAAAACCCAAUGGAGGCCAUUUACACUGGCUCUUAAGCAAAAAGUGAGUCUCCAAACGAUCAAGUUCACCUUCGAGCUGCCUGGUAAUAAACUACUGGGACUUGAGGUUCCUGGCCACCACCUUAAAGUACGAGCCAAGAUAAAUAGCCAUAUGAUCGAGAGAGCCUACACUCCCACAUCCAAGUUCUCCCAGACUGCGUCCUUCGAUUUAGUGGUUAAAAUUUAUCCGGACGGUAUCAUGAGCAGUUAUCUGGAUAAAUUGGAGAUUGGAGACACAGUGGAGAUGCUGGGACCACAAGGAGUACUCGGAUAUCCCGACGCUGGGGUGGUAACUGUGGGUGGUCAGCCAAAGCUGACGAAUGUCCGUCACAUUGUGAUGAUUGCGGCAGGCACGGGCAUCGCUCCUAUGCUGCAGCUUAUCCGUGCAAUUAUGGAAAACAACAAGGACACGACCAAGAUCACGCUCGUGGACUGCAACCACUCGCUGAAGCACAUUAUUGCACUCACGCAGUUGGAGCCGCUGGCCAAUAUGUUCCCAGAUCGCGUCAAGGUGCACCAUGUGCUUCACGAGGCCAGUGAUGAUGAUUCGAGUGAGCUGGGAUUGUUCAAAACUGGCAUACGACUGGACAAAACGAUGCUCGCUGAAAUGCUGCCAAAGGCUUCACCCGAUGUGGCAGCUUUCCACUGUGGACCACCGACAUUUGACGAAGCAGUGAGCAUUAUGUUGAAGAGCAUCGGUUUUAAGGAGAACCAGAUCUUCAUGUUCUAGAAAGAAAGAGGAGUGCAUAAAGGUCUAGAAUACAAUUCUUUUUUCUAUCAUGUCA